CUUCGUUAAUGUGCGUACUGUGCAGACUCUCGACUCUCGAUCCAUGCGGAUGUCUGUUUUUUAACGUCUGCCAUUUUGCUGGCUCUAUAAACACAGUCCGUUGUUCUUCUCUGUUCUUGGUCUACGAAUCGGCUAUCUUUUUUUGUUAAUAGGAUGCGGUGAAAGGCUCGUAACUUACAUAUCUCGCCUACACAUUAAUCGUUCUGAGGAAAAAAGAGAACUCAGGUGCAAGUUUGUCAAGAUGAUGGAAAUCGAUCCUCCCCCGCAGUUCAAUACCAAGGACGAUGAGAUCCAGUAUUGGAUGGAGUUAGCUCACCAGCUACAUCAAAGGAAAGAAGACGUGGAGCGAGAAUUAGAGGAGUUCCAGGAGAACUCCCAACAAUUGGAGAAGGAGUUAGAAGCUUCGUUAGAACAGGCUGACAAAACAAAUAGCGAGUUGAGACAAAGGAACUCUAGGCUGGCUACUGAAAUUGAGCAGCUUAGGAGUCGGAUCGAUCAACAAACUGCUGACUGUUCUAUGUUUCAAACUCGGGCCCAGGAGCUUCAAAUGUCAAAUGAACAGUUGCUCAAAUAUGUCAGAGAACUAGAGCAGAAAAAUGAUGAUCUAGAAAGAGCACAUAGGGUAAGCAAGGUUACAGAAGAGGAAAUGGAAGCCAAAUUCAACGUAGCUCUAGAAAAAACAGCUUUACUUGAAUCAGAACUAGAUGAAAAGGAAAGCUUAAGGACAACUGUCCAACGAUUGAAAGAUGAAAUCAGAGACUUGAAACAAGAAAUACAAGUUUUAGCACGACAUCAACCCGAUAAUAAUAAAUCAGCUACUGUUGAUAGAGUAAGGAAUCACAUUGACAGCAAUAAGCUGCAAGUUGAAUUGGAAGCUCACACUCCACCAACGAGUCCGGUCAACGGGUCUACGACGAAUAUUUCGUCGACGUCACCCCUUAAGAUUGAAACUGGCAUUGUAGGGGGUGUAAUCGGUAACAAUAUCAACAAUAAUGUUAAUCCACCAUUGGCGCCAUGUACGAGAAUACUAGCCAUGAAUAUGAUUGGUGACCUCAUGAGAAAAGUUGGGGCACUGGAAAAUAGGUUGAAUACUUGUCGAGCAUCAUCACGAGAAGAUCAAACAGUGCGCGAUCUUUACAGGACUAGAAGGCAGCAGCGAGUUUUAACUGUUGCAGCAGCCGGAAACAACAACCACAUACAAUACUGAAGUACACAGACAAAAAAUCCGUCUUCAUAGACAGAGAGAAAAGCAUAUUUUUAUUCAUAAACUCGCGUAAAGAAGAGUUUGAUAACUAUAUUCUUUAAUGUGGAAAGCGAAAGGUAGUAAUUUCAAGAGUUAUAGAAAAUUUCAAUAUAUAACAGACAUAGCAAAUCUACUUUUGGAUUAUCUUAAUUUUGUUUUAACUUUAUUUUUAAGUUUCCUUUCAGCCGUUAACAGCCAACAAUUUUCAAAACUGUAUACUUAACAAGACUAAUGUAGAUCAGUUUUUCAUUAAAUAACUGCUAGUUUUAUUUCUUACAUAUCAAUUGCUGCUGCAUAGUCAACAUUUUAUUUUAAUUGAUGACAAAUUGUAAAUGCUUUCUAGUUGUAUUAAAAAAUCAUUGUGUAAUGUGUAAAACCAUAUUGGAGAUAUUUUUUUUAUUAUCGAAAUUGUACAUUGAAAAUUGGAAUAGCUGAUUUAUAAGAGGCAGUCACAUAUAUAAAAGAAAAUUGAAGUAAAUUCUUUCAAUGAGCUAAAUAUUUGUAAAUACUUAACAUGUUUUGUGUAUAAAUUACACUUGUUUCUUAAGGUUUGUAAAAUACAUGAUUUGUAAUUCUUUGUAGUUGUAGAUAUUUAUGAAUAGUUCAAUAAAAACUUUGUUUC